UAUGUAUUCAGCACCAUGUAUGUUCAGCCGGGAUGCUUUUCCAAGAAGUUGGCAGGCUAUGAGAGGGUAAGGCAAAAAAAAAUUGAACAAAACUUUUUAGAAAUGAAAGCUUUAGGAAUCAACGUGCCAAAGUCAUUGCUUGGUAACUAUGAAGAAAUAUGUGGUAGCGGUAAAGGUAAUGAUAAAAGAAAGGACAUUGGGCAUGUGGUCAAUGGUGAUCCAGACUAUGAACCAUGUGAUGGUGAAGGAAGGGGGACUUAUGAUAGUGACAAUGAUGAUCCCUCGGCAUCUCAAGCAAAUCAGGUGAAAGGUACAAGUCCAAGAAAGAAGAAGGGUUGUUCUAGUGCACAACUUUUGAAAAAAUCACAAAGAACUCAAGAAGAUGGUGGCAGCCCCCAAGAAGCAACCCAAGCUCAGCAGCUCCCCACAUCACCUACUGAUCAAACUGACAUGUUUUGCAACCCACAUACGGUUGUUGGCUGCGUGGCAACUCCUACAAUCCCUUCAAUAAUGUCACAAAAUCUCAAACGCAAAAGAGGCCCUACCAAGCUGAAAACAAUUGCUGUAGAUGGAGGUAGUCGGAUUGAAGUUAAGUUUUGUGGGCACGCGCCCCGAAAAUCGCUCGAUCUUUGGAUAGACGUUGAGCGGGCCAGCAUGCCUCAGUUGACAUUUAGGAGUGGCAUUGGGUCGACGUACCCCUUUUCUUUGAUGCUGGGGCGGAUGAGCCCCGUAGAUAAGCUUUACUUGGCCUUGAGCCGACAUGCCCUCGCUGCUCACAAGACUCCACUGCUUGUGGACCACAGAUGGUAG